AUGGCUUUGGUACACCGAGAGCUAUCCUUAUCGUGGUUGACGAAUCACCAGAAGCGUUCAACAUUACGUCACAGAGGUCCGGACUGCACGAGCUUCUCUCGACGUUUAUGCGAUCCUAAAAUGGCCAUGAAAUACUCACAGCCCGGUCUUGACUGCAAGUCGCGGACCCCGGUCUGUUUGACUGGAUUCAUUCGCAACUGGUCCAUUAUCCUGAACAAUAUAAGGUUGAUGGAAACCCGGGGACUGCGCCUACCUGAUGAACCCCAAAAAGGGCGAAACCAUUCGUGGGUUGUGGACGAAUUUUCAGCACCCUUGGAACUACUCACAAGGUUGCCGAAAACUCUCCAACGGCCCACGACCGGUUUCGCCUUUCUAGAGGCUCAUCAGCCAAUAGACAAAUACACUCAUUUACAAAUCGAUUUGGUCUUCACGAGAGACUCAACUGAAUCUCUCGUUUAUGAUGUUCUACAAAUGAAUGUACUGCACAUAGGCACGAUAUUCGAGAUAUCGCACUAUAUUUUCAUAAAGAAAACUACUUACAAGCGGGCGAGAUGGCCAAAGUGGUUAGAGCGCGAAUUUGCUGACCGGAAGGUCCGUGGUUCAAACCCGACCUCCGCCUCUCGAAUUCCCCUGUCAUUGCUUGGGCAACCUGACAGUAUUCCAGCCCUCGUUCAACCUUCGGGUGGCAUGGCAGUUAGGCACCAAAACGGUGCUACAGUUGAACGAUGUUUUUACCCAAGCCUAGACGGGAGCAGUCCGGAUGCUGAGGUUGGGUUCGUACCACUGACAUUCGGGUCAAUAAGUUCGCGCCUUAAUCACGUUUCCCAUGAGGAAUAUUAUUGCCAGCACUUUUUUCGCAAAGACCUGGUUUUAGUUUUUGGCCUUUCAAGUACAGAGAAUAAGUUCGUGGUUCGAACCCGACCUCUGCCACUUGAAAUCCCCUAUCUGGGCUUGGGCGACCUGGUAGUAUCCCAGCCCUCAUGCCUCCUUCGUGUGGCAUGGCAGCUAGGCACCGAAAGGGUGCUACAGCUGGACGAAGUGACUUGGAUUUCGUUUCCGUACACCACCUACCGACAAACAACUGAAUGUGCUGCAUUAGGCCACCUCAUAUUUCAGUCGCUACGAUAUUCCAGAUAUCACGAUGCAUGUAUAUUAUUUAAACCAAAGUUGAUGAUUUUCGAGAAAUACACUCAUUUGCAAAUCAAUUUGGUCUUCAUGAGAGACUCAACUGAAUCUCUCGUUUAUGCUGUUCUACAACUGAAUGCGCUGCACACAGGCCGCCGCAUGUUUUAG